AUGGAGCGCCUGGUGCCCCGCCGCGCCCACCCGCCCGCGACGCGCAGCAGCGCCUGCCGCCGCCUCUUCGGGCCGGUGGACCACGAGCAGCUGAGCCGCGAGCUGCAGGCGCGCCUGGCCGAGCUGAGCGCCGAGGACCAGCGCCGCUGGGACUACAACUUCCAGCGCGACGAGCCGCUGCGCGGCCCCGGCCGCCUGCAGUGGACCGAGGUGGACAGCGAGUCGGUGCCCGCCUUCUACCGCGAGACCGUGCAGGUGGGGCGCUGCCGCGUGCUGCUGGCGCCCCGGCCCCGCCCGGACGGCGCGGGCGCCCCGCCGGCCCCCGUGCCGCCGGCCGCCGAGGAGCCGCGCGACGGCGCGGGGGACGCUGCGGGGGACGCCCCGGCGCCGCCCAACGGCGACCCCGAGGUGUCUCCCCCGCCGACCCCGGCGCCCGAGGCCGCGCAGGAGACCGCUGAGCCCGAGGCGGGCCCGCCGCCGCCGCGCGACCCGGAGCCCGAGCCCGAGCCCGAGCCCGAGCCCGAGGCCGAGGAGGACGAGGAGGACGACGAGCCCGAGGACGAGCCGCCGCAGAUCUCCGGGCGCCCCGCGCAGGGCGCCUCGGUGAUCGUCCCCGUGGCGCUGCCCGGGGCCGCCGUGGCCGUGCUCGCGGCCCCCGCCGCCGUGCCCGCCGCCGGCGCCGCCGGGGCCGCUCUGGGCGCUGCCGCCAACGCCCCCGGGGCCCCGGGGGGCGCCGCCGCGGUGAAGAAGCUGCUGGUCGGGCCUCUGAUCUCCGACUUCUUCGCCAAACGCAAGCGCUCCGCGCCCGAGGCCAAGGCCAACGAGGGGCCCGGCGGCGGCUGCUCCGCCCCUGGCGGCGGCCCCGGCGUGGGCCCCGCCGAGCAGACCCCGCGCAAGCGGAUGAGAUGA